AUGGACGCCCGUGGAUGGUCUGGACAUCUUCUGGCUCAUGUCCACCAGAAGUGGGCCCUUGGAGAGAUGACGCAACUUGAAUGUCUGGUCAAUGGAGCCAACGGCAUCUGGGCGAGCGUCUGCGAAGAAGGAGCGGCGCUUGGUCACGCGUGUUCUACUGUCACCCUGAUGAAUCUUGUGCGAAUGGGUAACACCAAAGUCCAGAAUAGUUACAAGUGUACACAGCUGAGGGAAGCCGCAUCUAACGUGACUAAGAUCACUACCGGGAUGCCCCCUCAUCCCAAACAGGUUAUCUACGGUGAAAGGGCGUUGGACUUCGCAUUCGACUUUGGAAGCAUUGCUGGUGGUACAGUUGGAGAGACCGACUUCAAUCUGGCCGAGUUCUUUGGAGAGGAGGCUCCAGUUAGAAUCAGCACUCUGUCGUCCGACCGCAUGAUCCACGAGAGGCUAGUGGAUCUGUUUGGUGCAGAUCCGCAAUUUACGAUGGAAAUGGCGCAUACCAUGAAAGAGAAAAUGCUAGAAGAUCUGACCGGCAACAGGAAGGAAGAAUACAUGAGUCCAGUGGGCAUCGCUCUCCUGUUUGAUCGGGCAGGAGGAAAACUGACCGCCAAGAUGGCAGAGGUGAUAGAAGAGGCCGAGGUGAAAAGUGUGCACGCCCAGCAUCUCAUUGAAGAGGUCUGCAGGAUCUGGGACAAAUGGGACAUCCAGGAAGAUAAAGAAGUUGACGACGUUCUCAAGUUCCAUUCCUUCUAUAAUGGCUUCAUGGCUCCCUACUUUGGCUGCUUUAUUUGUCGUGAUACGCUGAAGGCGCUGAAAGCAAUCAAUAUGGAUAAAGAUGGCUAUAUCGACUGGAACGAGUUUCUGGUGUACCUGAAAUGGGCGAUGCGUCAGUAUCCCAACAUCAAAGAUGCCGAUGAGCUUCUGUCCGUGGCUUUCCGUAAGGGCAUCAUCCCAGCCAUGCAAGAUGAACUACUCCGGAAGCCGUUCAAGAGGAUAAAGAAAAGUUGUUAA